AAGAUGUACCCUGAAAUGCCUCCGUCUGUGUGUCUCUGUGCGUGAGUGUGUGGUUGUUGUGUGUGUGUCUGUAUGCGCUUUUGUGUUUCGCGAUUGUUAUAGAAACACUUGCUUGACAAGAAGACCGUCAUGCAAAACGACGGAACGACAUGUCAUUAGAAUGUGUAGCUGGAAAUUACUGGAUUGGUUCGAUUGCCAGCUAUAAGGGAAAUUUUCUAUUCUAGUACUAGCAUACCAUUAUAGAUGUUAAUUGUUUCCUUCUUCUCAGUCCCGUGGACUGUAUUUCUGAAAACCCUAUUUCGAAGAGUGUUUGUUCCUAAAUGUUUUUUAACUUUUAUUAUACAAUUGUAUUUUAGUAUAAACUGGUUAGCGAAAGGUUCUAAGAGACCUAUUUAAUGAAUUGAUAUUUUGUCUAUACAGUCUAACGGUAUGUGUUUUUACAUGGAUCAUCUAAGCUAGUGUUUAUCUAUUGCUAUCUUUUUAGUACUUUCAAUAUGUAGUUUGAAAAUCAUCGAUGUACUAUGCAAUACAGAUUUCUAUUGUGACGAACUUUAUGGUUUCCUGCGGCUGUUGACAGAAGAGCAACUGAGAGCUUGCAUGUCAUACAUGCAGCAUAUGUUGUCAUAGCCUUGUAUUGUGUGCUGAACCUUUUCGUAAUAUGAUAGUGGAUUUCUUUUAAGAACUGUGGUCUUUGCAUAGGGCAGGAUUUUUGUCAUCUACAAACUAUUAUGUACGGUAAAUGCCCGCAGCUGUUUAACUACAAACGUUUUUCUUUUUUUCAUUCUCGAGACUUUUGUGAACGUUGUUUUCCAGCCCAUCUAUCAAAUGGCACUAAGCAUACCAGACCAAAAAAUGCCGUGAAAAAGCUCAUUGAGCGGCUUAAAACCUUGACAAAAAAUGCCUGCCAAACACGGCACUGUUCGAAUAUUUGCUAGCUACCAAACAUGCGAUAGAAAGCUAUUCAAUAUUAUAGAGGACAUUUACCAAUUGAGUAGGCAUCAAAUAUAGGUUAUGGUCACAUAUUAGUAUCUUCUGUCUGAUCGCUAUCUGAUGACUUCUUAACAAACCUUUACUGAUUCUAAAGAUACAAUUGCAAUUAUUAGUGUAGUUAUUAUUGCCGUAAUGGCAGCAUUGGCAGGAGAUAAUCAUGACUCACAAACAUGCAGUCCAGAAUUCCAGCGGAAAUUCAAUGACUGUUUUUAACUAUUUUAGUUAAAUAAACUAGCUGAUCAUAUUGUUAUGUUUGGUCAGCGUGAAUAGCCGAACACUCCCCCGUUAACACUCUCAGGGCAUACUAAAUUCAUCACAUUUGUUGUUCUCAUAUUAUUUGGUGAUUAUAAGGAAUUGGAAGCAAAUAAAAACAAAAAUAAAUUUCUUUAUGAGAAAAAGAGACUGUUCAGCUGUGGAGAGAAGAUGAACAUUUUGAAGUCUACCCUAUUUCGGCAUUGUAUUGCUUUUUAUAUUGUCCUUUUCGUAUGGUAUGAGAGUGUUGAACAUAAGUUUAAAGUAAUCUGUAAUUCUACAUGUACCCUAUUUGGCGUCACGAUGUAAAAAAUGCAGCAGCUUUGGAGUUAAAAAGCUGGGAGUUAAAACAAUUCAAAAUACCAUCCGAUCCAACUUGCAUGAACUUUUUCGACUUUAAUCUAUUUUAAUUAAUAUUUUUUUAAUUUCAUUUAAUUAAUAAUAACCAUAGGUGGGUUAAAUACCUCUCGUGUAAUGAUGUUUGACGUUCGACCAGUGGCGAUUGCUAACCAGUGAUUGUGUUUCUACUCCAUAUUGAUGGAACUGCUGUGUUUCGGUAACCAAAGUGCUUCUCGUGUUUUACGUGCUGUACUUGAGCUGUUAAACAUUGCUUCAGACGAUUGGCUUCGAGCACGAAAUGAAGUCAGAAGAUGCCGUGAUGCAGGUGCAAAAACAAAUCGUCUCCCUAAUAAGGCGCAGAUGCAAGUUGGGCGUCGAAGGGGGCGUAAUUUAUCCUGUACCUGCGAUCGCCAUAGCGCAGGUGAAUGCUUUCUCAGCUCGGCGGAGAUCCGGUUGUUCGGCUGUCCACGUGAGAUGCAACGACGAUCGACCAGCUCAACGCCGGGAGGCGUUCACCAGCCUCAACAACAGUCGUCACAUAUGCAUGGCGGUGUUUGUUCUAAUGAUGACCUUCUUGCCAAUCUGCACCUAUCUGAAGUGAUUAACGCACAAGGCCAAAGCCAAGAUCAUCAACACGGCACCGCCAGCCCUCAGGGCCGCCAUCAUCGACAACCAUGUCCCUCAUUAUCGCAAAAGCAACAAAGGGCAGUCGCAAAUCAACAACAACAACCACAGCAGCAUAAUUUUCCGCAAACGACGACUGGAGCUGGUCCUGCCGAACCACGAAGUAGCCCACGUGGCGUUAUAGGGGAGCCUCUCCGAAGCGAUACACAGCCUGGAAGCGAACCGUGUGGCGCCAUGAACGAAUCCAGUGGACAACUGCAUAGGGAGUACCAACAAGAACAGGUAAGCGUAAAAUAUGGCGAGUUGGUAUUGCUGGGGUACAAUGGAAGCUUACCUGAUGGAGCUGAAAAAGGUCGCCGGCGCAGUAAAUAUGUUUUGAGCCGCCGGUCUGAAUCUAACGGAGUGCGGGCCGCACGCCACGUGUCUGCCGCAGAUCCGGCCGCUUCGGCGGCGGUCCUUGACGCAUUACAACAUUCCAUCGCCUAUACUUUGUCAAGACACCAGGCGGUCGUUGUGUUGUACGAACGCGACCCGACAACAGACAUGUUCCAGAUCGGCCGAAGCAAGGAAAGCCAGAUAGAUUUUGUUGUUAUGGAUACGCCGCCCCCACAACGAACGAUCAUAGACGAUGCUCAGCAAACGGCUCAACAGCAACAAUUAGAACAGCACAUAAAUCGUCGUCAUCAGACUCAACAGCAGCAGCCGCAGAGGAAUGGUGACUUUCGUUCGGGUAUUUCUCGGUACGCGUGUCGACUGCUUGUUGAAAGACAAGCUAGGAAGUGUGUUCAGCGAAACCGAAAAGUUCAGAAGAAUGUUGUUGAUAAGCAGAGCUCGCAAGGAAUUCUUCAGGAAGAUAAUUUUGAGCAGAAUGAGCGCCGUCUACAUUCAGAUAAUGAAAAGUGUUCGAGCAGGGAAUAUUCCUCUGGGGAAGAUGACGAGAAUGUCGACGAAUGGGUGGUUCGUGUGUUCGCCGCUGGUUUCGAUUCUUCGUCAAAUAUAUUUCUUGGUGAGAACGCUAGUGCUUGGCAAGGAUCUGGUGGUGCAAUUGAUGGACUAACCACGAAUGGCGUGUUGCUUAUGCAACCGAUGGGUGAAUUUGGUGAGCUACCUGCUGCAGUUGAUGGUAGCUCUAGUGUAGCUGGCGCAGCAGGUAUCUGGCGUGAAGUGAGCGUUGCGGGCGGAGUGUACGGUUUACGGGAGAGUCGAGCUGCCCGUCGGGCUGGGCCACGUAUUGCAGGUGAAAAAAAUGUGCUUUACGAUGGUGCCCUCAUCGAUCUUUGUGGGGCGACGUUGCUCUUCCGUUCGGCACGAGGCCUGCGCAACUCACCCACACGAGCCGAACUUUUGGAGCAGACUCGCGAAAGCCGUCAACGCUCGGAAAUGAGCAAAAAAAGCUUAGCGGUGAAAACAGCGCAUGCAACAGCGGCGGCAGGGAAUGGUAUUGCUGGUCAUGCAGCCGUGGGCGAGAAUGAUGAGACGAGCAAUACGGCGUUGCCCGCGUUCAAUACCCCGAACGCCGCUGAAUCAGGUUCACCGACUCCUGCGACAAUCGGAAAGCCGAUCGCAGUCCUGAGAAGUGGGGCCAAUCCCACUGGCGGCGGCCCACAACAGGUGCCUUUCGCUCAAGUAACUUCCUCAUCAUCUUUAGCUAAUGCAGGCAAUAACGGAAGCAAUUACGUAAGAUCCAUAUCAGUGUCAUCAGCCACAGGCGGUCCCGACAGACCCAACAGUGCGCUAAAAAUGAUCCCGCUAUCAGCACGACGUGGAUUUUCCAUCGAAAGUCUCAGUGGACAUGAGCACCAAGCUUCUGAUGAAGACGGUGCGUUCUCUUUUUCCACUCCUAUGGGCAUUGUUAAGUCCGGCGAAAAAGCGACUGAAGAGUACAAACACGAACACAGAAAGAUAUCAACGUCAAAUAUUCGUAAAAUUAUGAAGGAUGGGGUAAUCCAGGAGACUCAUGAAACAACAAAUCAACAGGUGAAAAAGCUACAGGCUGGAGACCUUCACUACCACGAGGCGAGGCAUACCCAGCAGGUGAGAGACAAGUUAGAGGGCGACGGCUAUUCGGCUGAACGCGUUGCAGGGAAACGACAGGAUCGUAAGGUCCUCACAUGUGGCGAACAAUCGAAGGAAUCAAAUAUGGAUGCGAAGGCUUUGUCUACUCGUUUGGUGACAGCAGAAGGGACCAUUGACGAGAUUGCAAUGGCUAAGCAACGCGAGACGCGGCAUUUUAACAAAGGCCAUUUGCAGGAACAGUAUAACGAUGGCCAAAUAGCGGCCAGUCGGACGGUGGCGAACGCUGCCACUGGUGUCCUGUCAAAAGUCUCGGUGUCACAUCGUCAGCCUGUCGAAGGGGGGACGCUUUCCCCUCUCGUCACUUCGCCGGACGGAGGACAAUGCCUCACGCUUCAGUCGAAAUUUAAUUGCAAUUAUAGCAUCCAUGAUGAUGGGCCACCAUCUUUGUUAUCGACUAAUAAAUACGCCGGCAUCACGCGACAGGUUCAGGAUGAAUUUAGACAACUGGAAAGCCAGCCUGCUGACGCUAGCCUGGCGAUUGUCAUUGCGAGCCUCCACGAACAUAUCCGAGUCUUCAUUGAGCGGCUGAAAGACUCUUGCAAUGUUGAAGAGUCAAUUGAAAUACUACAAGCAAUGGUGGUCAUAGUAAAAAGUGCGUGGUCGGUGCCUACAUACUGCCAUGAAUUAGGUUUUGAGGUGUGCAACGUAUUGCGAGAAACCUCUGGACUAGCUCAUCUCGUCAAGCUCUGCGAUGAGCAUAUUAAUAAAAAUAGCCACGACCGACAUUUACAAGACAAAUUAACCUUUGAGGCGGCCAGCCUUAUUGAACAAUCACUUUCGACGGAAAAUCGAGCCUAUAUCGUUGCUAAUGGCAUUGACAAGGUUGUAAGAGUGGCUAUCCAAUACGCUUCAUCAGCAUCGGCAGAUAAAAAAACCAGAGUCGGCACGGGCAUUCUGUGUCACCUCUUCAAGCACUCAGAGUCAACCUGCUCGUAUCUUCUUGAAAAUAAGGCACUUGAGCUAAUAAUACAAAAUUGUAAGACGACAGAUGUGCGGACGUUGCGUAACUGUGCAACCGCUUUUGCUAACCUUGCCAUCUAUGGAGGCGCAGAGUGCCAGAAAAUUAUGGUUGAUCAACGUCGUUCCGUGCCAAUAUGGUUGUUUCCUUUAGCGUUUCACAAAGAUUACUACGUAACGUAUUGGGCAUGCCUCGCCGUAUCGGUUCUAGCAGCCAAUCACGAAAUUGAGGCUGUGGUGAGGCAGUCCGAUACCCUGGACCUGGUUGAAAUGUUUUGUAAUACGCGAGAUCCCGAGGCGUUUGCUCGAAGCAAUUUAGCUCAUGUAUACGGCCAAUCCAAGGACUGGUUACAGCGGUUCGUGCCAGUGCUAAGUUCGCGCCUGAAGCAGGCCUGCUCUCUAGCUGCCUUUCAUUUCGCUAUGGAGGCCUCGAUCAAACGACAACAGGGUAACACGGGAAUUUUUAGCGAGAUUGGCGCCGUCGACGCUCUCAAGCGGGUCGCCAGCUCACCAAAUGACCUCGCAUCGAAGUUCGCAGCGCGGGCUCUACGAAUUAUCGGCGAAAAACUACCUCAGGCGCUGAGCCAGCAGGUGCCACUUUGGAGGGAGCUCGACGUCCAACAAUGGGUCAAGCAGAUCGGCUUUGGGGAUCGAGCACAGGCAUUUCUUGAUGCAAAGGUGGACGGAGAUCUACUGUUGCAAAUUGAUGAGACCAUGCUUGAGAACGAUAUUGGCAUCAAUAAACAACUCUUACGGAAAAGGUUCUUGAGAGAAUUGCGCAAGCUAAAACAAAUGGCUGAUUAUUCUUCGGUAGAUUCAUCAAACGUCGCACAGGUUUUGUCCAAUAUCGACGCGGAGUUUACGCAGUACACGUACGGCUUUUUGCGGUCAGGAGUGGAUAAAUCAGCACUUUCUCGACUCACGGAAGAACAACUACAGAAAGAAUGUGGUAUCGAUAACUCGGUCCACCGCAAGAAGAUCCUGUCCUAUCUAGCAAAGGUGUACCCCUGCCCAAGUGAGGUGGAGUCCAGCGAAGAUUCUAAAAAAUGUAUCGAUGCGUUCAUAAGUUACCGCAGGUCAACCGGUUCGCAGCUGGCCAGCUUGUUGAAGGUGCACCUACAACUAAAAGGUUUUACGGUAUUUAUUGACGUUGAGCGACUGGAAGCAGGAAAAUUCGACAACAAUUUGCUAAACAGUAUAAGACAGGCGAGAAGUUUCAUACUUGUACUUACGACCGGAGCGCUCGAACGUUGUAAGAAUGACAUCGACAGAAAGGAUUGGGUUCAUAGAGAGAUCGUGGAGGCCAUCGAAGCAGAUUGCAACAUCAUUCCUAUUACUGAUAACUUUGGCUGGCCUGACGUUAAUGAUCUGCCAGAAGACAUUCGGCCUAUUCUUUACUAUAACGCAAUCAACUGGAUUCAUGACUACCAGGAUGCUUGUGUGGAUAAAAUUGAGCGAUUUAUACGAGGUGACCGACAGGCAAAUGAAAAGGCUGGUACUGCAACGCCUGAUAGUCUAUCGGGUAAAGGAUGGGCAUAUGGGACACGUAGCGGAUCGUUGGACCUAGACCGCGCGCAGAUGACCGCGCAGCAUCAGACGAUCUUAUCAGAGGAGCAACCGACGAUGACGACAGACCAGAUACCCGCACAAGGCCAACAACAAUUCACUGUAGAAAUGCCACAAUCGCCUCCGUUAACAGACUGAAUUAAAAUUAAAAGCAGUUUAUUCUUUAAAGGCGCCCUUUACUAAACGAAAAAAAAUAAAUACGCUAUGUAU